AGUAGUGGAAACAUUUGGUUUAUUUCACCGUUCCUCUUCGCAAUGUGCAGGAAGCACACCUGGCAUUUAGACUACUACAAUUGCAUCUUCGAAGAUCCAGACGAAGAUGGUACAAUGUCCGCUGAGCUUGCAACGAUGUUAUCUCACCUGCACGCUAAGGAUCCAAUGUCCGUGGACGAGCUUCUGAACCCACCGGACGAGAACACAACUGCAGGAGAUCCCAUAUAUGAAGACUUCGGCGGAGUUGGUGACCAAGAAUUGGCUAUAGACGGCUCUGAGAACGGCUCGGAAAACCUGGACGAGGACGAUAUGGAGCGUGGUACAUGGAUUGAGGAGGACCUUAAGCCAGAAGCAAUUAAAGAGCAUCUCAUGUGGAUCGCUAAACUUCUCGUUCGUGCAGGUGCGACUGGAGUAUUGGGUAGAUCGGUGAGCGGGUCGUGA